GGGGGGGGGGCGACGACCCCCCAGCGGACACCGAUCAGCUGUCACGCUAUGACGCGUUGGCGCCGUUACAUCCGGAGGAUUUACCGGGUCGGUGAGCCUCCCGGUCCCGGUGGAUGCUCAUCACGCACGCACGCACGGACGCACGCACGCACAGAGGGUCAUGGUCCAGGGUUCCGGGGGCUGUUUCGCGCAUCACAAGGUCACGGCAGUGGAGACGGACGCACACGUCGUGCUCGUGCCCGCGAGGCUGCAGCUUACUGAGAAAAAAUGAUGUGUGAUGUGUAUUAAUAAAUGAUCGCGUACAUCUGAGUCUCCACAAAGAUCAUAAACACGAAGGUUUCAUGGUGAAAUGUUAAAUCAGCAGAAUGUAACAUGCAUUUAUAACCGCGAGAGGCAGGCGGGACUGCGCAUGCGCAAGGUUCACACCCUCUCAGAGGUGUAAAUGAGUUGAUCUAAUAGAACCAAUUCAUGGAUGUUUUUACAGGGAGACCAGAUAGAACAUUUAAACUGUUCACCUGCUUCCACGUGCGUGUGCAUGUGACACGUGAUGGAGAUAAUGAAAUAGAGUGAUGAUGGUGCAGAGCGGAGUGAAGGUGGAGACGUGAGCACCUCCCAAAGAUGGAGUCCUCUUACAACGCCGUAGAACUGCGUGAGCUGCGCAGGGAGGGAGGGGCCUUGUCGCCCCGAGGGGGGGCGCGGGGGUUCGAGAACGCCUCGUACCAGCAGGACGAGGAGCUUGAGCUCCGCCAGCAGGGGGCAACUCGGCCCACUGGUGGUGUGAAGGUAACCCCUGGCAACAGGGAGGUAACCCCCGGCAACUGCGAGGUGGAAGAGCAGCACCAGGGCCUCUCUUCCCGGGCGUACGAUGAAGAAGAAGGUGGAGGAGGAGCUGGGGGGCGGGUGGACGCACUCGAGCCGUCCGCUGACUGCGGCCUGGUGCUGGCGCUGGUGUUCCUGGUGAGCGGCAUCGUGCUGGUGCUGGUGGCCUACGCCAUCCCCCGGGAGGUGGGGGCGGACCCUGACGCUGUGUCGGCCCGGCAGAUGGAGAAGCUGGAGAUGUACUACGCCCGGCUGGGAUCCCACUUGGACAGGUGCAUCAUCGCAGGCCUGGGCCUGCUGACGCUGGGCGGGAUGUUCCUCUCCGUGCUCCUCAUGGCCUCCCUCUGCCGGGGGGAGGCGCACCGGCACCGGGCGGCCUUCGUCAGGCCCAAGAGGACUUACGGCUCCGUCCACCUGAGCAUGAAGCAGCUGGCGCCCGGAGAAGCGGGAGGAGAUGGAGGAGGAGGAGUUGGAGGGGAGGACAGAGUUGAGGAGUUCCUGGUGGAGCAAAGCAAGGACUCCAAAUCAGAACCAGGACGCAGCAGGAAUCCUCCUGCUCCUCCUCCUCCUGCCACUGCUGCCUCGUCCUCCUCUUCUUCUUUAGGACUCAAUUGACUUUCACAUUGCGUCCGAAAGGGGGGGCAGGUCGCCUCCCUUCACCCAGCUGCCAGGAGGACCAGACAUGAGCACAAAGACGGGACAAGUGGACCCACCAUAGGAGGAUGUGGAGGUGGAGGGAUGUCUCCGAGGGGGAGGGGGACAUUGAUGGAGGUCAAAGGUUGUGUAUUCUAACAGGUUGAUCACAUUUGGUGGCUUACAAAGCUCAGAGGUCGCUGUAUUAAUCAGAUUAUAAUGAUGCUACUAAAUUUUAGAAUCAGAAGCUGCUUUCAGACAGAAAAUGAGCAGCUACCAGAUCAAUGGAUCUAAAUUACCCCUAUUUAUUUUAUAUAUAUAUAUAUAUAUAUAUAUAUAUAUAUAUAUAUAAAUUAAUAAUAUAACAAAUUAAUCCAACAAACUCUUAAACCUCAAUCGGUUUCAUUGUGUUUAUUAUCAGCAUCCCUUUCUAGCUAGAUAUAGAGGAAAUAUCCAGCUAGCUGCCAUGCUACAUGCUACAUGCUAACCUCCUGAUUCCAGCUGUGAUGAACCUUUUAUUGAUUUGCAUUAUAUGGGAACAGAUUAAAUUUAUGUCUGUAAGGAUUCAAAAUGCCUUAAAAUAUGUACUCGCAAAUAUUAUUAUGCUAAUGUAUCAAGGUCUGUAAGUAAGUCUGUUAGCCAAGGUUAGCAUAGCCACACGUGCACACACACACACACACACACACAGCAGUAGCAUUUACUCAGACUCGAUGAAUGUACACUUUAUUGAUAGAGGCGGAGCCAUCGCUGCUGUGUCACGUAAUAUCACAAUAUCGGUCAUGUGACACGUGGCGGUUGCCUCGGAAACACUAAUGUAUAGAUAAGUGUCCUCUUUUUUUACUGUUAUAUCUUAAACAAGUUAAUAUAUGUCCAUUAAAUUAUAGGGAUAUUAAAGCAGGACAUCUUUAGCCUUCAAAAUAAAAGCACGAACAAUAAAGCGAGUUUGAGUUUAUAUGUGGGAAAAUAAACAUUUCCCAUGAAAUAUGACUUUAAGAGACCAGAAUCAAGUGAUGCCUAAAAACAUUUAUGAAAAGUAUGAAUCAUGUGAUCAUGUUGAACAAUCUUUCUUUCUGUGAAUCUUUUAUCAAUCAAUAAAUGACAAUGAAAGUAACUUUUAGCACAUAAAUGAGGGACUUUAAAAGGAGUUUUUCUACAUUAUGGUGGAAUGAAAUAUGAAUUACUAUCUGUAGCUAUUUGGUGUAAUGUACAAUAUUCCUGAGAGUUUCCCUUUAAUCUGAGUAAAAACCAGGGUUUCAAACAUGAAGCAGGUUUUUUUAUUAAUAAUGUCCAAUUAAUGUUUAUUUGUCACUUUAAUGGUUUUACGUUUAAACAAACAGUUCCCUACACCCUUUUUUUAUUAAUUAUAAAAACUUGUUUUUAAUGUAAGCCAUGUUUUAAGGAUGUGAUAUUUGUAUGACUUAAUUCAAAGACUCCCGAUAAUAGUUGUUAUUAAAGCAGAAGCCUGUAACUUGUGUACAAUGUGUAACUGUGUUGGUUCUAUAUCAUAAUAAAGUGUUUAUUUGUGGUGGUUACUUA